GUCAAGGAAUUUUAUCGUGAACAAGUUUUUUCCAAGUUACCGGAUUUAGUGACUGAUCUUCCUAUCAUAGAAGAGAGCGUUAAUAGCUUACUGGCAUCCCUACGAUUAGAUCUACCUGAUUUUACUCAAAAGAUAUCAGCAAUUCUUACGAGUCGGUGCACGGAAACUCUGCGUCAACAUAUUCGCAGUAUCAUUACACAAUAUCGUCAACCAAAUACAAAACCUCCCACUGAAGCUUCUUAUUUUGUUCCGCACAUUAUUAAGCCGCUCGCAACGUUUUGUGAUGUUAAUAAAUUAAUCCUUAGCGACAACAGACGAAAUGAAUGGUGUUACAGCGUCGGAGAUGCAGUAUCGUCACGUAGCGAUGCUCUGUCUGUCGACGAUCCCGCAACAUUAAUGAGUGAUGAAGACAAGAUUAGAUUACAAAUUUUAUUGGAUGUUAAGCAAUUUGGCACAGAG